AUUAAAUUCUUAUUAUUUUUUGGCACAGGUAACACCGCCUGUCUUUUCGCUCGUCACGAAAAGAGUUCGUGUUAUAGAAAAUUUCUGUAAUCUAAUUCAAUUAUUGUCUUUUAACCCGAAAUGUUUCAUUCUAAUUAUCAACAUUCUUUUAUUCCUACCCCGGACGGUAAUAAAAAUCCGUUAAAGGCACCGUUGGCGUAAAACAUGUCCUUUAUUUACAAGUCCUCAGUGUAGCAAUAAACUUCAUAUUUACGUAUUUGUGUUAAAGUUGUAAUAAUCAUAAUGGAUAAGGGAGUGACGUGUGAACAUCUGAAUAAGCUCGCGGAGUUCCUCGGGAAGGAUUUGUGGCAGUCGAAAGAGAACUUAACCUGCUUCGACUGUGGGUGUCCCGGCCCCAACCUAUGGAUCUGCCUGCAGCCCGACUGCCAUCAUGUGGGCUGCUCCGAGGUCAGCAAUGACCAUAGUACUUUGCACCAAAAGAGCCAGCCGUCCCACUGCGUGCAUAUGAACGUGUCCACGGAACGGGUGUGGUGCUACAUCUGUGAGAAGGAAGUCCACGUUCGCGCAGCAGUCGCCUACAAUAGGAUAAGUCCAGACUCAACAGUGGAAGGUGAACCGGCGAGCGCUCGCGUCGGCACCUCGGGCCUUGUCACUACAGACGAUGAUGAUGAUGAUUAUGAUCGUCCACGAGGUCUGGUGGGUCUCCAGAACAUGGGUAAUACCUGCUACAUGAACGCGGCCCUGCAGGCUCUGAGCAACACGGCGCCGUUUACAUCGUACUUUCUAGAGUGUGCUGCGGCGGUCGCAGUGCUUGCUGGGGAUAAGAAACCUGGACUAGCGAGAGCAUACCAAAAACUAGUAAAAGAAAUGUGGAGCAGGAAGACUAGGGGAUACCUCGUACCGAACGGAAUCAUAUAUGGCAUUCGAAAUGUACACCCGAUGUUCCGAGGUUACCAACAGCACGACACACAAGAGUUCCUACGCUGUUUCAUGGACCAGCUGCAUGAGGAGUUAAAGGAACCGGUAUGGGACAGUAUGCCGGAAGACAAACUGGGCACGGACGCGGACGGCGACCACCAGGAGAGCAGGAAUGUGCAUGUGCGGCGCCGGGCCGCCUCAUCCGGAGCCAGCGACGCGCCGCUGUUCGCGCGCAUGCGGAGAAAGUCGCCCGCGCCCUCCGCCUACAGCGACACAAGGCCCGACCCACACCUCAGGGUAGGGCAGUCGGAGACCGUGAACAGGCAUAGACGGUCGGCGAGCUUCGCGGGAACGCAGCAAACAGCCUACUCUGUACAAGUACAUCACCAGAACCCUUUAGCAUCAUCGUCACGUGACGCCGGCUCAGAAUCAUCGUUGUCGUGUUCAAGCGAAGCUGAAGACCGAUAUGAAACCUGCUCCAGUGGCGCCAGUGACGCUCCGGACCCACCCGUACACCACCCACCGAAACAGAGCGGAGGAGGCGAUGGUGGUGGCGCGCGGUACCGCAGUAUAAUAUCCGAUGUGUUCGACGGCAAACUGUUGUCGUCAGUGCAGUGCCUCAUCUGCGACCGGGUGUCAACGCGGGUGGAGACAUUCCAGGACCUCUCCCUCCCCAUACCGUCGCGGGAGCACCUCGCCGUGUUGCGCUCGCAGCCCGCGCUCGACCAUCUGCCGGCUGACCACGAGUCCUGGAUGUGGUGGAUAUUAAGCUGGCUUCGGUCCUGGUUCUAUGGCCCCGUUGUCUCACUUCAGGACUGCCUCGCGGCUUUCUUUAGCGCCGAUGAAUUAAAAGGAGAUAAUAUGUACAGCUGUUCCCGUUGCAACAAGCUGCGGAACGGCGUGAAGUUAUCCGGCGUGGUCCGGCUGCCGGAGGUGCUGUGCGUGCACCUGAAGCGUUUCCGGCACGAGCUCAUGUUCAGCGCCAAGGUGGCCGCCCGCGUCUCCUUCCCGCUGCAUGACCUGAACAUGCAGCCAUACACACAUAAAGAUUGCACAUCAAAAAUAAGCCGGUACUCGUUGUGCGCGGUGAUCUGCCACACGGGCACGGCCGGCGGCGGGCACUACACCUGCGUGGCGCGGAACCCGCGAGGAUGGUUCACGUUCGACGACCAGACCGUCGCGCCGCUCGCAGCGCCCAUGCUCGACCACACCGAGGCCUACGUGCUGUUCUACAGGAAAGUGAACCCCCAAAUGACGGUGCUGCGGCAAAAAGCGGCCGAGAUAUUGGAGUCGACGACGGUAGAGCCUAAUGACAUCAAGUUCUAUAUCUCGAAGCAAUGGAUCAACAAAUUCAACACCUGGGCUGAGCCGGGCCCGAUAGACAACGGCGACUUCGUGUGCGCGCACGGCGGGCUGCGGCCCGACCGCGCCGCGCACCUGCCGCGCCUCGCCGCCGUCGUGCCGCAGCCGCUGUGGGAGUUCCUGCACGACAAAUUCGGCGGCGGGCCAGCGUGCUCGCACGUGCACGAGUGCGGCGUGUGUGCGCGCGCGGCGCAGCGCCUGCGCACGCGGCGGGCGAGGGAGCUCAAGGCCUUCUACGACUUGCACGCCAUCUUCCAGGAGCAAGACCGCCCGCGCGCGAUCUACGCCAUCAGCAUGCACUGGUUCCGCCAAUGGCAGGCCUUCGUGCGAACCAGGAGUCAGCAACCACCGCCCCCUGUCGACAACUCGGGCAUUGUCACCAGCCAGGAGAUCGACGGAGUCACAACCCACGUCCUGAAGCAUGGGUCCGACCACGCGCAGCUCAGCGAGGAGCUGUGGCGCUUCUUCACCGACAUCUACGGCGGCGGCCCCGCCGUGCCCCUCCGCGCCCCGCCGCCCCACCCCGCACCCCCGCCCACACCCACCCCGCCACCCCCCCGCCGCACCCCCCGCACCUACGACGAGGACAAGGAGGACUACUGCACCAAAUCCACUUCCGAAACUAACAUCAGAGAAUCAGUAGUCGGGGAGUUACAGAAAAACCAAUCUCUACAAAAUCUAAGACACUCGAAAGUGGCCCGAAUCGAUUCCGAUGAGGACUUCAGGAGGUAUAAGAGACUCGAACAGAACGGAAACUAUGAUUCAGACGAGGACAUGGAAGAGAACUAUUCGGUCAAAGAAAAUGGCGUCGAUAGCUCCGACCACGACGCGAACGACAACCCGGUGUACUACGAUAAACCCGAAGUCGAACUGCCCAAUCUCGAUAGCAUAUCGCUGAAGAGCAAACCCUCGAAGAGCAGGAAAGUGAGAAGAAUAAGAAAGAGGACAGUGAAAUGAUUCUUUCUCGCUUUUCAGUUCGUUCACAGGCUGAGACGGCGGGUCGCGAAAGAUUUAACCUGAGGUCUCUGUCUAACACGGUUUAAACUGAUGCGCGGUCUCUGUCUAACACGGUUUAAACUGAUGCGCCGUCUCUGUCUGGCGCUGACGGUGUGACGUUGAACAUUCCCGGUGAAAGGUGUUAAAACUAUAAUGCAUUUAAACUUGGGUGUUACUCUGGUCUCGUGAUAUAUUUUUCUAAAAACUAUUACACGCUUCGGGUGAUCCAUCUGUUGUAUACAGGGUGAAAAAUACAUUGACAAAUUUUAAUAUCGCUAACUAAAUUAGAUGGUGAUUAUCGUAUAUUUAUUUUAUUAACUGUAUAUAAAACACAAUUUACACGUAUUUUACAAUCUAAUAAAUGCUGAGAAAUCCAGACUGAAUCACUAAAAGCUGAUUAUCCUGGUAAUUUCGACUAUAAAAAAAACAUGCAAGAAUUUGUGUGAAUUUGAUUGAAUUUAUUCUUUAGGUUUGUUUAUAAUUGUACCUUGUACCUAUUGCUAUUUAUUUAUUUAUAUCAAUUUAAGAACUGUACUAUCCAUAGUCACAAGAUUGAUGAUAGAUUGAUCGAAAAACGUCCUUGUGCCCCCAAUUUUAGAGUUAAUCAAUCGAUUUAAUAUUUUAAUUCAUUGAACCUAAAAUUAUUAAUCAGCCGGCAAUUAUAUAAAAUCACAUACGAUUUGUUGCAAAGUCUGUAGAGGCCUCAUGACUGCCAACCACUUAAGAAGUUUGACAGUUUGAUUUUUUUUUAAUAAAUACAAAAGACGGAUCACACGAGCGGCCAAGCGGCCUGAGAGCCCCCUGGGGUUGGUAGUAUUUUUAGUACAAUUUAUUUUAGUUCAAAUUCAAGUCUAGCGAAUGUAGAUACUUGAAUGAAAUACUGUAUAUUUACACCUGUAUAUCUGUACAAUGUUACCCUGUAUAAUAUAUCCAUGUUCAUAGUAAAAUUACUGUCUGCAUUUCUUUCUGUUUUACCAUGGAUUAGGUAUUUAUUUUGUUGUUUCUGGUUCUAAGUCUAUGUGUUAUUUGUUAAAGAAUUGAUCAGCAAUAAAAUAUAUUACAAAAUUUA